AUGCCCUGCCAGGUCUACGUCCCCACAGUGUUCGAGAAGUACACAGCCUCCUUCCAGGUUGGCAGCAAGCCUGUGAAGAUCCACCUCUGGGACACGGCAGGACAGGAAGAUUAUGACAGGCUUCGCCCACUGUCUUACUCGGAUGCCAAUGUUAUCCUCAUGUGCUUUGAUGUCACUAACCCCAGCAGCUAUGACAACAUCCUAACGAAGUGGUGCCCGGAGGUGAACCACUUCUGCAAGGGUGUCCCCGUGGUGCUGGUGGGCUGCAAGACCGACCUGCGGAAGGACCGGGCCGUGCUGCAUAGGCUCCAUGAGGACCGCCUGGAGCCCAUCACCUUCCAGCAGGGGGAGGCCAUGGCCCGGCUGGUCCACGCAGCAUUCUACUUCGAGUGCUCAGCCAAGUACCAGGAGAACAUCUCGGCCAUCUUCGUGGCAGCUUGCAAGGCCGCACUCAGCACCGUGCGGAGGACCCAGCGCCGGAGGCGACCCAAGCGGGACUGUGUGCUCUGCUGA